AUGGGGAUAUCCUUUUCCUGCCCAUUUGCUGAUUUUGGUGAUGCAGACAGACAAUUGGAAGCUUUUUUAGCUAGAUCAAUAAGCUUUGAUGGUCGAGAGUCUGAAAAUGGCAAAAUGAAAUCGUAUGGCUCCAGAAGGAUGAUUAUAGAAGGGUCUGUUAGCUUUAAAAGAAGGGGAUUGGAGACCAAAAUCUCAUUUAGAGGUCCUUCAGAUACGGAGGAAAAUGUGUUUGUUAGGAGAGAAAUUGGUGAGCAAUUGCCAGCAGAUAGUGUGUCUGAGAAAACACCCGAAAUCCUAUUGUUGGAGACCGAGCAAAAUGUGUUUGUUGGAAGAGAAAUUGGUGAGCAAUUUCCAACAGAGUGUGUGUCUGAGAAAACACCCGAAAUCGCAUUGUUGGAGUCAGAACACCAAAGAUGUCAGGCUGCGUUGAAGGUGCAGAAGGUUUACAAAAGCUUCCGUACCAGAAGACAACUGGCGGAUUGUGCUGUUUUAGUCGAGCAGAGCUGGUGGAAAUUGUUAGAUUUUGCUGAACUCAACCAGAGUUCCACCUCUUUCUUUGACAUAGAGAAACCAGAAACCGCCAUUUCACGUUGGUCAAGAGCAAGAAAGCAAGCGGCCAAGGUUGGAAAGGGUUUAUCUAAGGAUGAAAGUGCUCGAAAACUUGCUUUACAGCAUUGGCUUGAGGCAAUUGAUCCUCGGCAUCGCUAUGGUCACAAUCUUCAAUUCUAUUACGUCAACUGGCUCCACUGUGAGAGUAAACAGCCCUUCUUUUAUUGGCUUGACAUAGGAGAAGGUAAAGAAGUCAACCUUGACAAAUGCCUCCGAGCGACGCUUCAACAACAGUGCAUCAAAUACCUUGGUCCGACAGAAAGGAAGGCUUAUGAAAUUGCAGUGGAGAACGGCAAACUCUUUUACAGCCAGACGGGAAUGCUUCUUGAUACAACGGGAGGACCUCAAGAUGCCAAAUGGAUUUUCGUCCUCAGCACUUCCAAAACAUUGUAUGUUGGCCAAAAGCACAAAGGCACAUUUCAACAUUCAAGUUUCUUGGCCGGAGGCGCCACAUUAUCCGCAGGGAGAUUAGUGGUGGAAGAGGGAAUUCUCAAGGCAGUUUGGCCACACAGUGGGCAUUAUCUCCCGACAGAAGAGAAUUUUGAAGAAUUCAUGUUAUUCAUGAAGGAACACAGUGUAGAUCUCAGCAGAGUUCAGAGAAGCCCAACAGAAGAGGAAGAAGAACCACACGGGAAGAACCGUGGCUUUUCUACACAACACAACUUAUCACAACCAGAUUUUACUCAAGUCACUGAAGAAAGUAAUGGCAAAAGCUCAGCUCAAGAGGAAACCAUUUCGAUAACACAAGAUUGCAACGAUUUGGGAGCUACGCUUCUGCCCUUGUCUCGAUUUGCCCCAAGAACGAACUCAAAGGUAACCGCGCUCGAAAUACCAAGUACUGAUGAUGUGAUUGAGAUGUUCCAGGAAGAUGAACUGCCACCACCAGUGGAAACCCCAAGCGGCGGAUACGAAACAGAGGAAGAAGUUCUAUCGGACGACGAUUUCAUGGUUUCAAAGCAGAAUUUGUUUGAGGACCAAGAUCAGGAAACAGAUUUCGAAGAAGUCAUCCCAAAAGAGAAGAUAAUCCAGAGGAUAAAUUCGCAGGAACGAGCGAAGUCCUAUCAGUUGGCUCAUCAGUUGUCGUUCAAAUGGACGACAGGGGCUGGGCCACGGAUCGUGUGCGUGAGGGACUACCCCUCGGAGCUACAAAACCGGGCAUUAGAAGAAAUGAACUUGUCGCCAAGAAGUUCCGUUUCUUCUCCAAGGAGAGAUUGUCCAUGGAGUCCCAGGGUUUCGACACCCACAAAACUGUGUAGAGAAACAGUUGCUGGUAAAAGCCCACUGGCUUUUGAGCAGGCAAUGCUGGAUCAAGUAGCCACUCCAUAAGAUAAGGAAGCUAUGGAGUCAGUUGUUUUGAUUUUAGAAUUGUUUUCCAAUUCUUUGUUCUUUACCAUUCUUUUCACACAAUUCUUUUGUACUAGAUCAACUCCAUGAGGUAAGGAAGCUAUGGAGUCGGUUGUUUUGAUUUUAGUAUGCGAGUAGGCAUUGUUUUCCAAUUCUUUGUUGUUUUCC